AUGAGUUUCUUGAGCACUAUGUCCCACCCCCAGCUCGCUUCAUUCGACCCUUUCGCUGCUCACCCAUUCACUUCAGGAGGUACUCCUCCGGAGCUUUCUCCCCUUCAAACCCCCGUAGCAUGGGGGCAGGAUAUGCUCCCCACACCACCCCGUUCCCCGUCCCAAUCUCCGGCGCCCUCGCCGAUGGACAUGCCCGAGGUCCCCAUUUAUGCGCCCAAACCCACCUUUAAAAUUGCUGGACAAGGUGUCUUUGAGCAAUAUGACCGCGGUUGUAUCACACCCGAUCUUGUCCCUCAUAUACCAUACUCCCAUGAUACCUGGCGUGGCCCGAGUAAGCUCACCACUAUUGUUGAAGCCUUUGGUUCUUCAAUUAUUCUGCAGGAUGACAGCCCCUAUAAGAAGGGGGUUUUCAAGUUCAAGGUCGAACUUCCUACAGAAUACCCGUUCAAGGCUCCCAUCGUUACUUUCCAAACGAAGAUAUACCAUCCUGGUAUCAAUGACGAAGGACAAAUAUGUCUACCUCUAUUGAGGGACGAAUGGAAACCAGCCACAUCGAUGAGCACCGUUCUCUCGACAAUUAGCGACAAGGUCAACAACCCAAGUCCCGACGAUCCAUAUGAGCCAGCAAUAGCAGCACAACUCAAAGAUAACAAGCCAGAGUUCUUAGCGAAGGCACAAGAAUGGACCAAACAGUACGUUUAUAUUUCUGAGAAAAAUAGAUCACGCCACCAACAAAAACUCUCAAGACAUGCCUUGGCGCCCUAG